AUGAGGAAAAAACGUCAGGUUCAGGGGACCUUGCUAGUCGGAGGCGCAACCAGCGACCGGAGCUCCGUUACCUUACCGCCCUCCACCAGGCAUUGGGCCCACUUCACUGUUUCCACCAAAUUUGGCCCGGCUACUCAAUCAGACAGCACGGACUCUCAACAGUGGCUCGUAUUGCGCGGUCCGCUUCCACCGACAGCUCACCAUUUCACCUUCGAGCCCACCUCCAACAAGUUCGCGGUCCGGUGUCCAUCCUCGACCCAUCACGCCCGCAUCUUCAUCAUAAAAGAAAAUGCAUACGCCUUCCAAGGGAAUCGAAACAGCGACCCACAACUCUCGAAAGCAAGCUCCAACCAGUAG